AUGCAUUGGAAAGGCCUGCGACUCGGCGCGUCCGACGGCUCCAAGAGACACAGCGUCCUCGACCUCCAAGCCCACUCCCCCGGCCGUCACAGUGAGCAGCUGCCUCGUCCUGGUCCGCCGACUGUCGAGCCCCGAUACUCCGAAUCAAUCCCUCGCCUGAACCCACCUGAGCAGCCGGACGGAAAUGCCGACCUGUCAAUACCAGAGGAUGGCCCGGUGGGCGACGUGGCCCAGACGAACUUCGCGGGCCCAUCGGUAGGGGAUACACCUAGCUUGCGAAGAAAUCGCUUCAGCUUCAUGAGACUCCGCCAUUCAUCCGAUCCCCAGCUCUCCAAGUCCUACGCGAAGGCCGAGGAGGACACACCUCCAGUCCCCUCGCUCCCUCCACCGAAGAUCAUCACCACCGCGCCAACCAGCAAUGAGUUGGACCAACCUAUCAAACAACGCCAUAAAUCCACGCUUCUAUCCAAUUUAAGGAAACGGUCGAUGGAGGAGUUGUCCCGAACCCAACCGGAACAAUCGAGCGUGACACCCCACCACAAAGGCCAGGGGUCGACCGAUUCGCAAAUUGCCGAUUCCAACCUGUCCACCUCUCAGAUCGUCUCCGAGGAGCCCGGGCGGCUCUCAACAACAUCACUGCGAAGCGGAGGCCGAGAAGCCUUCCCGGACUCCCACCGGUCGUCGGUCACCGACCCUCGAUUCUCCGAAUCGUCACGGUCAGAUCACAGCUAUGCCGAUCACGCCGCAUCUCGGACCAAUUCGCCUCUGGAUAAUUUGGCUGCAGCUGGCGGCAAACGAUUUCGGCUUCCACGCUUGAAACGCAAUCGCAGUCCUCUCUUCCCCCUGCCUGCCAAAUUGCCGCCCCCGACGGAGUUGAGAAAUGAUGGCCCCAAAAUCCCUCCAGCUGAGACCCCGGCAUCUGGCCACUCGGAUGACCAGGACCGGGUCUCUCCUCUACCUUCACCGUCUCGUUCAUCAGUUGGACUGUCGUCAUCGGGUCCGCCCGCACUAUUAAGGCAGGACUCGACCACUUCUGCCCGCUCUGUGCGGUCUAAUCCAUCUGCAUCUGGUCGAAUUCCAAAGAACGGUCGUGGAAGAUCGUCCACCAUGGGAUCACUGGCCGAGAACCAGGACGAUUCGUCUCAGGCCCCAUACUUGGCGUCUUCGGGACGCACCUCGACCUCGACCAGCGGGCGUAAGAGCUUCGGAGAUAUGUUCAACUUCUCUCAGCGAAUGAGGCAAAAUUCAGAGCCCCCGAUACCUCGCAAUGGAUCUCCCGCCCUGGGAGGUUCGGCCACACCAACGUCGAAACCCGCCUCCUUGUCUCUUGCCCGCGAACUUCCCCCGUGUCCCGAACGGGAAGAAGGCGAUACUCCCGCUACUUACCUGACUAGGUUAGAGGAAAAUCUUCCUCGUGGUAUGGUUGGAGGUAUUCUCGCUCAAUCAGACGAAGACUUCUUCAAGGUUGCUUUACGGAAGUAUAUGCGAGGAUUUGCUUAUUUCGGGGAUCCCAUCGACAUGGCCAUUCGCAAGCUCUUGAUGGAGGUUGACUUGCCGAAAGAAACCCAGCAGAUUGAUCGCUUCCUCCAAGCAUUUGCGGACCGAUACCACGAGUGUAAUCCGGGCAUUUUUGCGACCCCCGAUCAAGCAUACUUCAUUGCAUUCUCAAUUUUGAUCCUCCAUACCGACGUUUUCAACAAGAACAAUAAGCGAAAGAUGCAAAAGCCCGAUUAUGUGAAAAACACCCGUGGAGAAGGAAUUGCCGAGGAAAUUCUGGAGUGUUUCUACGAGAAUAUUUUAUACACACCUUUCAUUCACGUCGAAGAUGUCAACCUGCGUGAUCGCCAACAGUUGAAGCCGCGUCGAGCCUUGUUCAAGAGUACCAGCUCAGAGCACUUGUCGAAGAUUUCACGGGAGCCCGUCGACCCCUAUGCUCUUAUCCUGGAUGGAAAACUCGAGACUUUACGGCCAAGUCUGAAAGACGUCAUGAGCUUGGACGAUACGUACGACCAUUUCGGCACCGCAGGGGCGCCUGAUAUGGAAGAUCUUCACGAGGCAUUUACCAAGUCUGGUAUUCUACAGAUCAUAUCUCUUCGCUCGCGACCCGACGCAUUCAUGCAAUCCAGCCUGAACAACCCGGCCGAGGCCAAUCCAGGUUUGGUGGACAUCAAGGUGGCCAAGGUCGGGUUGAUUUGGCGAAAGGAUCCCAAAAAAAAGAGAGCCCGCUCACCGUGGGCUGAAUGGGGUGCGGUGCUGACCUUCUCUCAGCUCUACUUCUUCCGCAACGUGAAUUGGGUACGAAACCUCAUGGCACAGCAUGAAGGCUACGUGAAAAACGGACGCAAGGGAACUCUUGUUUUCAAACCUCCACUGUCUGAAUUCAAGCCGGAUGCCAUCAUGUCGACGAAUGAUGCCGUUGCUCUUUUUGACUCGGCCUACAAGAAGCACAAAUACGCAUUCAGUUUCUUUCGGCACAAUGCACUGGAGGAGGUUUUCUUGACCACCUCGGAAUCUGAGAUGAACGAUUGGAUGGCGAAACUGAACUAUGCAGCGGCAUUCCGAACCACUGGUGUGCGUACCAAGGGCAUGAUUGAUACCAAUUACGAAGGUCAGCGCUACCGCAAGACUCAGCGAGCUGGGUCGAUUUCGUCGCAAAGGUCCCAUCAGUCAGCGGACAAUGAGCCCGCGUCUCCGAGUAUUGACACUGAUGUUGUCGCUGAAUUCAUCACCGCGCGCCGGCACUUGAUGGCGCAGAAGAUUCGUGAGACGAACGAAAAACUGUUCAUUUCGCAGAAGCAAUUGGAUGACCUUUUGCGGAACGCCCGACAUCUCCAAGUGCUCACACCCGUUCAUGCCCGCGCCAGGGAAAGCGUCAUCUUGGCAGCUGGACGUAUGGCGGCGAAAGUGAAGUGGGUCCGACAGGAUAUUUGGCGCAAUAAAUGCUACCGGGCGGUUCUCCUGCGGGAUCUGGGAGAAGAUGAGAGCGUGGUGGAAGGUACUGCUGAGUCAGUAACGGAUCAGAUAUCGACUCAUAUUCCUAUCCACUUGGCUUCGGUAUCAGGCCCUUCGGUCACCUCAGGACCUAGUGCAGAUCAACAAGCCCCUAGCAUUGUGCACACAGUUUCCAGCCAUGACACGGCCGAGCAGCCUGCUGCGGAAACUGCUGAUAGACCCGCUGAACUUCAUGCACAGAUCUCUUUUGAUCAAAUACGCCGUCCCAGCCUUCCCACGUCUACCGCUUCGGCCGAUUUUGCUCGCCCAGGACGACGUCUCUCUAGCGGGGCGCCGCCUGACCGCUCCAAGUCAUAUUCAGUCGACACGGCAGCGAGCCAACUGCAGCGCGAAGCGUCGAUUUUGAGUCGUGGUAGCAAAUUUGAUGGUGCCAGUCUUGGAUCUCGUGCCUCCAAAUUGACAGCCCCGGUCAGCUUUGAUGAUGACGAGGAGCGUCUUCUGAGGGAAGCAGGCUUACUGGGCUUGGGCAAUUCACCCUCUACGCGCAAGCACGCCGUCGCUGAAAGCGAUACUGGCGCCGACAACAAACCUGAUGAGUCAUCCGAGGUUUCCCAGAGUGACAGUAAACCAAGCCGCGCGCGUCGCAGUCUGCACCGCACGUUACGCGACUCGCAUCAUUCACACACCUCUCGCCAUAGGAAGAAUCGUGGAUCUGUCUCUAGCAUCGGGCCUGUUGAUGACGAUCAGAUUCCCCACAACGGCGAGGGCCUGUCACGCAAGACGCCCAGCUUUACUGUCCACGGCAAGAAAGCCUCUGUUGUCACCUUUGGGUCUGAGUGGCAGAAUAUGCCUGCAGAGGAUCGCCUCAAACUCCGCAAGCCCACUCCUUCCGAUGAACCGCGAGCUUCGGACCCUGCUGUGAUGGGCAGUGGCGGCGAAUCCAUCACUUCGGACCUGCACGCAAGUGGCCGUCCUCACUCUGUUCACAGUGCGAGCACCACGACUGGACUGAGUAUGCGUUCCGACGAGCUGGUAGAUUUCAAGGAUGCCCCUGAAGAAGUCACUGAAGAAGACCGGGAUCGGCGAUCCUCCGUGAUCAGUAGUGCUGCCCCGGACUCCGCCCCCGAUCAACGACAGCCAUCAUCAAAGCGAGCUUCUAUGCACAACGGCCAUCUCGCAGCCCCAGGGGACGACCGCUCACCGUCGGCAUCGUCCACUUCCCUGGGCGAACGACCCGUGGACCCGCCGUCCCAGGAGAACCUGAGAGAGCAAGCCGUGGGCGCAUGA